AUGCCGCUCGCAGCAACGAUUGGGACUGCAGACGCUGCAGCCAUGUCUGCGUCUGCGCCAGCGCCUGGCUCGGCUGCCGUUUCUGGGACCGAGACACCUCAUCCGGUGACGGUAGCGACGAGGUCUUUCAAAGCCUCUGAGCUACCAUUAUCGUCCGCUGUCCGGACAGCCAUCGAAGGGCUUGUGCACACGUUUAAGAAGAAGGGUGGCUACGAUGCCAUUCGGAAGCAGACGUGGGAGAAGUUUGAGGCUAGCGGCUACGAAGAAAACGUGACGAAGCGCAUUCUCGAGAUUGCCGAGCAGGAGGUGGAGAGCAAUCCGGCCCAGCUUCUGUCCUUGGACCGGGGCAAGGCUGCGGCGCUCAUCGACGGUGCCCUGGACCGAGGCAGAGUCUACCAAAACGCCCAGGAGGUCAUCGAGGCGCUCAUUGACUCGGACGCCAUCGAGUCGCAUCUCCGCGAGAUCCGACGGGCCGAAAUUGGCGACGAAGCGGCCUCGGACGAGCUGGCGCGCGGCGCGCGUACGGACGAAGAAUAUGCCACGGAAACUGCCCAGCGCCGUGCUGAGCGUGAGCGGGUGCGACAGGAGCUGCGCGCAGUGGAAGAGAGCAAGCGUCGGCUGGAGCGAGAGAUCCGCGAGAAAGAGGAGGCGCGACGGCGUGAAGAGGAGCGGGAAGCCCGUGAGGCCCGGCGUAAGGAGGAACGUGAAAAGGAAGAGCGGCGUGAGAAGGAGCGAGAAGAGCGACGUCGAGAGCGAGAGCGAGAGCGCGACCGGGAACGGGAACGGGAACGGGAACGCGACCGCGAUCACGAGGUGGCGGGCGGGAAGCCGGAAGAGCUAAAGAAGCAGCUUUCGGGCGAGGAGCUGCAGCGGCUGGAGGAGUUGGCGAUGCAGGACCUCCUGCGCGAGAGCAAGGCGUCGCGAGCGGCGAAGCAGCCAGAGAUGGAGAUCGACGAGACGCUAGCUCCUCCACCACGCAAGGCGAUGCCGGCGUCGGCGAUCCAGCCGAUACGGCGAAUCCCACCCAAGGCUCCUGCGGACAAUACAAAGGUGCAGCCAGCAGAGAGCGUGGUCAGCGGCAGCAGGCCGGAGCCAAAAGCCCAGGCCCAAAUGCAGGCACCUCCGACGGAAGCGAAUAUUCUGAUGCAUGAGGGCAAAGGCGGUGUCAAAACUGCUGCAGCCGUGAAAUCGUCGCCCAGAACAGAGCCAGCGGUAGUAGCGAAGGACAAGUCCGAGACGAAGCCGGCCAAAGCGACGGACGAGACGGCUAGCGGCAGUGCAAAGACGGCAAAGACGGCCACGCCCGCUCGAGAGCCGUCUCGGCAUCGUGAUAGAGACACGAGCCGGCACAGCAGGGCAUCGGAGCGUCGACGCGGACGGCGUUCAGCAUCGCCAGACCGCCGUGGGCGCAGAGAUGGGCGGAGUCGAUCGAUCGGACGGAGACGGGACUAUCGCGAACGGAGUCGAAGCGGAUCGAGAGCUGGUGACCGGCGGAAUGAGAGACGCAGCCGUAGCAGGGAGCACAGGGCAAGGGACAAGGAGGCAACAGGAACAGCAGCAGCAGGGAUGUCUGGGAUGUCAGGGAAGGUUGAUCGCAAAGAGUCGACACGGCGCAGCCGGUCCCGACAUGAUGCUCGAGAUGCGCGGAAACAGACUAGGUCUCCGUCCCGUCGACGAAGAGACUAUCGGGAACGCGAUCGCAGCACAUCGCGGACAUCCAAGCCGAAGGACCGCGAAACAGGUACAGGGGGGCCGAGCCGAGCGCGAUCGAGAUCACGAACAAGGCCGUCGACACGGCGGGAGGACAGGGUAGAGAAGAACGAGAAGAACGAGAAGAACGAAAAGGACCAAAAGGACCAGAGAGAGACAUACCGACGGCGGUCGCAUUCACGAUCCCGCCAGCGCGACGAAAAACGUACGGCGACGGCUUGGGAGAGGAGCCGCUCGCGGGUGCGAUCUGAUCGACGCAGCCGAUCGCCACGAGGAACGGCAGUGGACCGGGCAGAGCGAAAAGAGGCAGAGGCGCGAAAGAGCCGCAGCCGGUCGCCUCCUGGCGGUCCGGGGUCUCUGUCAGCGACGUCGACGACGCGGCCGCCACCAAAUCUGGACCGGGACGGACUGGAGGCGUGGAAGCAGGGCGAGGUGAGGAAGCGGGAGCUGGAGGCCAAAGCAUAUCUGGCAGCACAGAAGGAGGCACGGGAGAAGGGGUUGCCGGUGCCGGGUGUGGACGACAGGCGGAGCACAGGCGGCGUCAGCGCGGGAGCGACGGGGACCAGUGGUGUAGCAGGUGACCGGUCGCCAGAGAUGAAGCGCAAGUACGAGCCGGACGAGAUUGAUCGCUACGUGCCGAAAGAGCGGCGCCACAUUGACCGGGCAGUUUCGGGCGGGACGGUGGACCGAGCGGUAGACCGGGCUGCAGGUCGUGAUCUGCGUGACUUCCGCAACCGAGACGAGCUGACGGCUCGGCGAAGCAGCCGGUCGCGCAGUCGGAGUCCACGGCGAGAGUACCGGGAUCGGGACCGGAUUCGAGUUCGCGACGACAGGGACCGUGACCGAGACCGAGACUGGGACCGGGACCGACGAAGUCGACGAGAGAGAAGUCGCAGUCGAGACCACCCGCAGCCGCAGCCGAAGACGACGGAGCAGAAGCCGCUGAAGCUGGAAAUGGCCUCGAGCGAAGACAGUCGAGGAGACUGA